AUGAGACUCAUAAGAGCAUAUGUUGAAAGAGGUAACCAACACGAAAAAGCACUAUCCGAUUUUCUUUCUUGCUUGGGCAAAGUCCUACAAGUCAAGAUAAACAAAUUACUGGAGAGAAAAUUUCUAUUGCAGCAAAGUAAUAGUACAAGCCCACCAGAGAGUACUCUGUACACUAGCAAUAAUAAAAUCUAUGCCUCACCUCAUUAUACGAUUGGACAAAGAAGGCCUUCUAAGAUGUCAAGGACGAUUAGGAAGAAGCCGCGUAUCAUUCGAAAAUGCGUCGAAUGUCAACGCUUGAAUAAAUUGCCAUACAAUUAUCUCAACCAAUGA